AUGGCCGCCAUGGGCAACAACAACUGCGCGAUCAAGUUAGUGUGCAUGGACGGGAGCAUCGUGCUGGUCCUGAACUCUAACACGAAGCCGAUGUGGAUCGAGCAUGAGAACAACACGAUCAUCAACUACGAGUACACGAUCGAGAGUAUAAACGCAGACUCGUUCACAACCAUCGUGUCGGCCGUCGACCUAAAGGUGUUCGGGGACAUGCUCAUGACGGUUCUCCCGAGCGGCAGGCUGGACGGGUCCCUGAGCGCGUUCGAGAUCGUCUAUGUGUGCGCGAAGAUGGGGUUGUUGAAGAACGAAGUCACCACCCAGGAGGCGAGGAAGUACGUGUACAUGGGGCUGAUGAAGGAGGCCACCACGCUGAAGGGCAGGUCCACGGCCAUCGUCGGGGUCAAGAGGUCGGGCACGAGCGCCAUCCUGAACAGCACCGGGGCCACCCCCAGGCCCGUGGUCGAGCCCAAGUCCACACCCGAGACCGAGGUCGAGACCGCGACCGAGUGCCGACCCGAGUGCGAGGUCAACGACCCGUGGGGGUUCACGACCCAGAGCGUGAUGUGCAAGAAGGACAGGAAGAAGAAGAAGAGCAGAAAGGUGACCGAGACGCCCGUAGCCCAGCUGGUUGCACAUCUCGUCGUUCGGAUCCGGCCUCAUCGGCGACUCAACCACCUCAUCGUGUUGGUGGGCCUGGUCGAGUUGCACAUCUUUCGUAAGAUCCCACUCUUGCCCUUGAUCCUGGAGUAG